AUGAUCCCGGAAUCAAUCAGGAAAUCCGAAGCUGGCUAUGGCCCAGGAACUUUCGUCGAUACAAGCUUCGCUCCAGUUCCUGAAGAAUGCCGGCGUCUCUUACGCCUUCUCGCAGAAAAGACUCCCUGGUUUACUAAGAAUGAAGCACUUAUCGAUGGCGUGUGCUUCGAGGGCAGUGAUUUACCAAUCAUUCCGGGCCCCAUCAAAUCACAAGCCAUUACAGCCGUUCUUCAUGCCAUGGUUGGCAUCGUUGGCCUUGAGAUUCUGCAUAUUCGCGGUAUAACGACGGAUACAACGACCCAUGUAAACACAGACCAUGCUGGUCUGUAUCCAGCAACACCAGGACUUGUGACUGUCAAUGGUCUCACCGGUCCCGACAUUUUGAGUUUGCCCACUGUGCCUCAUUGGGACAAAGAUCGUCAAUCAAAUUCACCUCUUGUGUACCGCGCAACGGCCAUCUAUGAGACAGCGAACAAAGGAACAUGGUUUCAGCUGCACGGGUCUCUCGAUCCCUGGAAACUUCUGGAACUCAUCGGCAUCCCGAAGGACAAGGAUGCUGAGGUGCGGACAAACGACGAAGCGUACGCCCUCAUUCAAGAACAUGUCAGAACGUACCGUGCACGAGAGAUCGAGCAGCUCAUGGUUGAAAACGGCUUAUCGGGCUCCAUCGUACAUUCGCCAAAAGGCUGGCGCGAGACCGAGAUGGGCCAGCGCCUCGCUCGGCAUCCUCUGGUCAACUACUCCCAGCAGACCUAUUGUCCUGCUCUACCGGCUGCCAAAUUGCCCAGUUCGGUCGACAAGAGACCGCUCGCGGGAAUCAAAGUGGUUGAGCUUGCCCGAAUCAUAGCCGGCACCGCGGCUGGCGCUCUCCUGGCGUCCAUGGGCGCCGAGGUCAUCCGGGUCAACUCAUCCAAACUCAAAGACUAUACGCCUGCGCAACCUUCUUCUUUGAUGGCUGGGAAAACAACGAUAGAUCUAGAUUUGAACAACCCCGCUGACCACGCCAGACUGACACACCUAUUUGAAGAAGCCGACAUAAUCUUGCAAGGUUAUCGCUUGGGCUCUCUCGAGAGGCGCGGAUUCGGGCUCCAUGCGGCGUUGGAGCUCGCGAACAAACGCGGCAAAGGCAUAAUUUACAUUGAUGAAAACUGCUAUGGUCCUGAUGGAUGCUAUGCCGAGCGCCCAGGUUGGCAACAAGUUGCUGACGCUGCCGCUGGAUCCUCAUAUGUCAUGGGGCAGUCAUUUGGAUGUCCUCCCGGCCAGGGUGUGCUGCCAAGUCUGCCCUUAUCUGACAUGUCAACGGGCGCAUUAAUGGCUCUCACCGCCAUGUGUGCUGUCCGUGAUCGUUAUGUCAAAGGGGGUUCAUAUAAAGGUCACUCUGCACUCGCUGCAUAUGACAUGGCAUGUCUAGACGAGGAUGUUGGACUAUAUUCUCAUGAUGUUGUCCAGAGGAUCCAGGAUAAGUACCAAUUUCCCUCUUGGUCGAGUGACGAACAUGUCGCCCCUCUUUACUACUCUAUAAUCAAGGCUUGGGAGCGCACGGGAACAUUCAUGAAGAACGAAGCCUUUUUCGCCACAUUCGACAACUCGGUCUUUGGUUCUCAACUUCGAGUACUGGGACCUUUAGUCCGGUAUAAAGAUGUGGAGUGCAGUCCAAGAUGGACAAGUCCGCCAGUGCCUUUCUGCCACCACAAAUUCAGAUCUUUCCAGUCUACACCCAACUAG